AUAAAUAAAUAAGCAAAAUUAAUAAUAAUUACAAAAGGGGGCAUUGGACUCAUCGUUUCCAUCUCUCUGCUGUAAAUUGAGAACCUUCUCUUGUUCAAAUUCCCAAUUUUCUGCAAAUUAUUUCUCUUUGUACGGCGUCGUUUCUGCGUCGUCUCUUUCGAUUACACAACCUAUUUACGAAAAAGCCCAUCACGAAUUGCUCAAUUUCUUUGUGAUUUGAUUCAAUUCCCAAAUUCAAUUUUUUUUUUUUUUUUUUACCGAUCAUCGUCCCCAAUUUCCGAAUUUCAAUUUCGCGAUCAUCAGAACCCUAGAUCAAUCAAAAAAUGGUGGCGAAGAACAAGAAAUCCAAAAAGAGCAAAAAGGAAGAGCACGAUCUCGACAAGCUGAGCUGUUUACCAGACAGCAUUCUCUCGUACAUCCUCUCUUUCCUCGACACGAAAUCCGCCAUUAGAACUUCGCUCCUCUCCAAGCGGUACAAACUCCUAUGGACGCUAACUCCAUCUCUCGAUUUCGUGUUAUCCGAAACCGAAACCGUGUAUCCCAAUUCAUACAACGACGUCGUUCCGCCCGAACACGCCAAAGAUCCCAGCAUCUUCUUCUUCCAGCUGUACGUCAACCGUGUACUCCGCCUCAGAGAGCACAGCAAUCUGACGUCGUUUCGCCUCUCUCUGUAUAAGGAUGUUGGAAUGGAGCUCCUCGAGAAAUGUAUGGAUUACGCCGCCAAACACAAGGUGCAGGAUUUUCGAAUACGAGGUUAUGUCAAAAACCAACCCGUUGUACUGCCCGAAUUGUUGCUUACUUCGUCGUCACUGACGAAUCUCCACCUCCACAAUGCCACCCCGUAUAGUAUAAGGCUACCGAAAUCGGUUCUCUUGCCCAACUUGAAGUUCCUGCACCUCAAGAAAUUCCAAUUCUCCGGUAACAACUUCAACGGGGAUUUAUUCUCCGGGUGCCCGAAUCUCGAAUCUUUGGUCUUGAGUAGGUGCUCGAUUAGACCGAGGGACGAAGUCAAGGUUUUGAAUUUGAAUUUCUCGAAUCUUGUGAACUUGGUGAUCAAGUGUUGGAGGAGUCCUUGGAUAUGUUUUAACGAGCAUGCGAUCAAUGUGAAUGCUCCUAAACUCGCGUUCUUUAAGUACCAAGGUCAUCUUGCUCGAGUGAAUUUCAACGACAGUUUGCUGUUUUUGGAGAGAGCUUGUAUCGAACUGUGCUACCCCACAGCUUGCACCAUUGUAAAUCUAAGCGAACGAAAGCAAGAAUUGGCAGAAUGUUUUCUCAACAUGCUUCGUUAUAUGUGCAAUGUCGAAUUCCUCUCCCUCUCGAUGAAGACAAUCGAGGUUUUAAGUGCGCUUCCUGAUUUACGAGAACGUUCGCAUACAAUUUUCUUGAAUUUGAGGCUUAUAAAAUUCACAGCCGAGAAUAAAUAUACAGAGAAGACUCUGAGUAUCAAGACUGUUAUGCAGUUACUCGAGAAUGCUGCCACUGAUGUUUUGAUAUCUGAUGGCUCUAAGAAAAAGAAGCCGUCGCCCGGGUAUUCGAAGGUGAAAACUAAUAAGAAGGAUGAUGCUAAACACAUUGCUGUACCAGUUCAUGUGAUGUACUUCUUAUUAGAAAACUCUCCGUCUGCGGAAUUUCUGAGCGUCGAAAUACCAAAGAUAUCACCGAGCCAAGUCUGAGGAGCCAAAAACGUCGGAACGUGUAUUAUUGUGACUAUCUUUCUACUUUUAUUGGAUUAUUGUAAUUCGACUCGUUUGCAACUAUUUUUCUUCGUUUCUUGGAUAUUCUACCGGUGUUGUUGAAUCAUCAAUGUACAUUAUAUAUUGCUC